ACUCAACCGUGCAAGAGGUACAACACCAGCCUGCACCCAUGGCAGCUGCACGACUGCGCAAGGCAUUUCAUUACCCUGACGAUUCAGGUGAUAAUGAGCAUGAACGCGAAGAGCUAGACGAGGAGGAGCAGGAGUUAGUAAUAAACCGCUUGCGAGUACAAAAUGAUAAGCACAAUGCAGAAUUUACUGUCACCUUCACUGCCAUCCCACUAUUAUCAGUCUCAGUGUUCAUUCCAUCAGUGAUUAAGCAGGGCGCAAGCUUACAGGAGCGUUUCCUUACAUGCUUGGGCAUUCUUUCAUUGAUAACUACGGCAUAUACUAUGAAAUACUUCCCCUUCCAGCACCCAGAUCUGAAGGGCAAAGGAUCCAUGCGAAGUUCAGGUACUAUUAUCACCCACCUUCGGAAGCUUCUUCUCCCUGUGAAUACUGCAAUAUGUGGCAUGUUGCUAUUAGUGUGGCUCUUCACCCCGGUGGAGCCACCUAGCAAUGUACAGCCAAAAGUAUAUUUUGUUCCUGGAGCAAUGCUUGGAAUUAUCAUGUUAGCAAAGAAAAUGAUGGUCUCUGUUGACCUUAAACAUCUUGAGGAUCUUCGAUAUGGGUAUAAAGGAGUUUAGGGCUUAUGACAUAGCUGCUGAUCGGCACUAACCAUAUACAACCAGCAUUCAUAUUUGUCCUUUCUUCAUACUUUCCACCCUCCCUUGUCCGUCUUGGAUAGUUGCAACUGACCAGAUAUUCACAAGGCUUUCUCCAUUGUCUUAAACCAACGCGUCGUUUGAGGUUAUCC